AUGGUUCCAGAUGGGUUGCGACUUGGGCUGGUCGGGUUUUGUGGCAGUGGCACUCAGGUCAACGGAAUUUUCGAGCACGUCCGCUUCAUGUCAAAGGAGUGUUUUGUUCUGGGUGCACUGCCUUUGUAUCAAUGCUCUACUCUAAAGAUGCUGCAAUGGAAACCAGGACAGUUGUUCAUGGUGAAAGGCAAGGCGCACUCUUUGCGUCGAGAUGCCUCCUCGGCUCUGACUGUCCUUCUCAUCGUGACUCACAGAGGUGUUGUCAGUCGAAACGGAAGAAAGUACGGUAUCAUUUCACAACUGUUAACUGCGGAAACUCCGUGUGCUUUUUUGGGGGCCCUUGAUUUCGAGGGAGGCGAGCCGUGGCGUCCAAGCCAUUUCUUUUUUCGCCCAAACCUGUGCGUCCUUCGCCUCUCCCAGCGUGUCAUGUGCUGUGCUGAAAUGCGCUCUCCGACGUCUUGA